UGAGACUGUCAGGCUGCUGUAAUGAAACACUCGGCCAGAAAGUCAGAGGAACUGAAGCGACCAGCUGCUUUCACAAGACUCAGUCAUCUCUCUGGAGUCUUCGUGGCGUCUGUCCCGGCCAGCGGAGGACCCCGACCACCUCACGCUGACGUCUCCAUGGUAACGCAGCGCUGACAGACAGAAAACGGAUCUGAAACGCUCCGAGGAUCCUCGACUGCUGCUGGAACACUUCACUGGAGUUCUCUUCUCCUCGUCCGUCUCUCUGAACAUUGAAUCAUGGUGGCCAACGACGUCAGCGUGACCUCUGACCCCGCAGGGCCCCGCCCGGCCGCCCGGCGCCGGAGUCCCUUCAACAGCAUCAAGUUCUUUGUGUUCUGCCACAGUCUGCUGCAGCUGGCUCAGCUCUUGGUGUCCGGCUACAUGAAGAGUUCCAUCUCCACCAUCGAGCGGCGUUACGGCCUGACCAGUCAGAAGUCGGGGCUCCUCGCCGCCUUCAACGAGGUGGGGAACACGGUCCUCAUCGUCUUCGUGAGUUUCUUGGGGAGUCGUGUCCACCGUCCUCGGUUCAUCGGGGGCGGGGCUCUGCUGGCCUGCCUCGCCUCGCUGCUCAUGGCCAUGCCGCACUUCCUGGGAGGAGCCUACGACUACACCGACCGCAUCAGCUCCCCCGGCGACAACAGCUCGGGGCUCUGCCAAUCAGAGAGCUCCGUCACCUCCUCGUCCAAUCAGAGCUGCAGCCAGCAGGAGAGCCCCGCCCAGCAGGGCGUCUACCCUCUGCUGCUGCUGGGGCAGCUGCUGCUGGGCAUCGGAGCCGUCCCCAUCCAGCCCUUCGGCAUCUCCUACAUCGACGACUUCGCCAGCAGGAAGAACUCCCCGCUCUACCUCGGCAUCCUGCUGGCUGUGACCUCCAUCGGUCCGGCCUUUGGCUUCAUCUCCGGUUCCCUCAUGCUGCGGUUCUACGUGGACUUUGACAAGUUGUCAGAAGACCAGAUCCAGCUGAACCACAAGGACCUGCGCUGGGUGGGGGCCUGGUGGCUCGGCUUCCUGGUGGCGUCCUGCCUCAUCUUCCUCGCCGCGCUGCCGUACCUCUUCUUCCCCAGAAACAUGCCCAAAGAGGACGCAGAAGAGGACGUGGAGUCCAAAGCGGACAGCAAAGAGCCUCAGACCUGCCAGGAAACCUCUCUGCUGCACUUCCUCAAAAGUUUCCCUCGUAUCGCCGUGCGGACCCUGAGGAGUCCCGUCUACCUGCUGGUGGUUCUGGCGCAGGUCAACCUGGCGGCGCUGCUGUCGGGCCUCGCCACCUUCAUGGCCAAGUUCAUCGAGAGGCAGUUCAGCCAGACCGUCUCCUUCUCCACCAUGAUGAUCGGAGGAGUUUGUAUCCCUCUGGCGGUGUUGGGAACCGUCCUUGGCGGCGUCCUGAUGAGGCGUUUGGGUCUGUCAGUCAGCGGCGCCAGCAGGUUGUGCACCGCCGCCAUCUUGCUCUGCCUGUUCUCGUCCACGCCGCUGCUGCUCCUUGGCUGCUCCACGCAGAAGGUCGCCGGGGUCUUUCCUCCCAGCGGUGGCUCGUUGUCGUGCAGCGCUGACUGUCGCUGUCCUCAGGACGCCUUUAAUCCGGUCUGCGGGUCGGAUGGCGUGGAGUUCAGGUCGCCGUGCCACGCCGGCUGCACCGACGUCAUGACAGACAACAACAACAAAGCCACAAACUACACUCUCUGCCGGUGUGUCGGCGGCGGUCCCGGCGGUCCCGGCAGUCCCGGCGGCCCCGUUGGUCCCGGCGGCUCGGCGUCUCCGGGGACGUGUGGCAGCGGCUGCUCCGGCCUCCUGCUGCCCUUCGUGGCGCUGCUCGGCCUCACCAGCUUCAUCGCCUCCUUCUCCCAGACGCCGUCCUACAUGAUGAUCCUCAGGACGGUGCCUCCUGAGGACAAGUCCUUUGCGGUGGGAGUCCAGUACAUGCUGUUCCGAGUCCUCGCGUUCAUGCCCGGCCCGGUGCUGUACGGCAGCAUCAUCGACACCACCUGCAUCCUUUGGGGUAAAAAGUGCGGCAAGGCCACUUCCUGUCAGUACUACGACCUGGACCGCUUCAGACAGAGGUUUCUGGGUCUCCAGGUGGUCUUUGUGUGCGGCGCGCUGCUCUGCUUCCUGCUGACCGUGGUCUUCCUGCGGCGGCGGCGGGCCGGGCGCCAGGAGCCACCGCCGGGGAGCAAAGGAGGCUACGAGCUGGUGAACGACUCGUCCAAAGAGAAAGAAGCGACGGGCAUCAAGACCUGAAGACGAACGCCACCGAGAGGACGCAGGGAGAAAGACCCGUCUGCAUUCUGAGGCCAACACUGUUUUAUAGCAUAUUUUUUUACUCUGCCGACACGUCCAGUGGGAUUACUGACUGUCUGUACAUAAGCUCAUCCAUAUAUUAGGAUCAAUAUACCGUGUAUACGCUGUUAUUAUACACUGAGUGGCUGCAGUUCCUCUAACGGCCACUGGGCGCUGCUCAGAGCAAACUCAAAGAGAAAACUCAGGAGAUUCAGAGCAAGACCUUCCGGACCUCUUCACACUGAAAUAUCUCAACAACUAUCGGACAGAUAGGCAUGGACGUGUUGUUCACUCAUUCAUGGUGCCCAGAGGAUGGAUUCUACCAACUUUGGUGAUCCUCUGACUCUUCCUCUAGCGCCACCGUCUGGUUAGAAUUAAGAUAUCGCCAGUACAACCAAUAUAUACAAUCCAGUCAAAUAUCUCAGCAUGUAUGUGAUGGAUUGGUGCAAAAUUUGGUGCAAUUGUUCAAUGUUCCAUGAGGGUAAAUUCUGCUGACUUUGGUGAUUCUCUGACUUUUCCUCUAGCGUCACCAUCUGGUUAAACUGUAAAAUGAGCCAAUAGUAUCAAUAAUAUCCAAUGAAAUGUUUUAAUGGCUUUGCACAUAAUUCGGUGCAAACAUUAAUGAUUCCAAGACAAUUAACUACUGACUUUAAUGUAGCGACAUCGAAUGGUCAGAAUUUUAAAUCUACAAUAUGAAAACAAUAAAUGUUCUCCAGUCAAAUAUCUCAGCAUCUACGUGUUGGAUUGGUGCAGAAUUUGGUGCAAUCAUUCAUUGUUCCAAGAGGAUAAAUUCUGCUGACUUUGGUGAUUCUCUGACGCUUCCUCUAGCGCCACCAUCUGGUUAAAAUUAUGAAAUCUCCAAUACAACCAAUAUAUACAAUCCAGUGAAAUAUCUCAACAUUAUCUUGAUGGAUCUGCACAUAAUUAAGUAAGAUUGCUUUCUGAUUUAUUUUUUUGUCUUCAUUAUCAAUAAAACAGAUUAAGUUUGAGAGAAACUUUCCCACACCGCAAUCAAAAAUGUUUUAAUGCAAAUAAAAUAAACUGAUGAUUGAAAAUCUGUUUUUGCAGAUCAAAAUGUUUUAUUUGCAAUUUGAAAAACAGGAGCAAUGAUCCCAGACUGUCACUCUAUUGAGCAAUAAGUAAUAAUAAGUAAUAUUUUUUUUAUUGCAGGGAGGAAAGUUCUGCUGUCGAACCUGUUUGUCUGUCAGUAAAGACAAAAUGUAACGGCUACUGAAAGUAAAAACAGAAAGUUUUGGAAGAAAGGAAAUGUAUCCAACUGACUCGGAUGAUCACCUGAUUUUUAAUCUUUAAUGUGUCCAAAACUUUGGUUCAUGACCGAAUUACCUGCAGAACUAAUCACAUUAUCACCAGCUAAAGCUGUUUACUGCUAAUCAGCAAAUAUAAGCAUUUUAACACUGAUGAUGCUGAUGAAUAUCCACAUUGUCAGUUUAGCAUUUAGCUGUGAGCUAAUCCAGGAUGGAUUGUAAAAAUGGGAAAAUUGCCAUGUUUAAAAGUUUUCACGACAGUUUUUGUGUGAAGAUGAAAAUACUAAAAUAAACAAUAUCUGUUCAAUCUAAUUCCACUCAACAACAGACUUUGGCUGAUGUGAUUCAUGUUUGUUUGGUUUUCAUGAAAUUAUUAAAUUGUCUGAUUAAAGUUGGAGUUUCGCAGGUGGUGUUGGUAGCUGUCAUAGAAAUAUUGUCACUUUGUACAGAUAUAACAAAAGGCUUUUUCUAUGAAAAUCACAUAUAUAUUUUUUAAGCAAAGAAAAUUUAUAAAACUUAUUUUAAUAAAACAUGUUUCAUCAUAAUAGUGAUUUUUUUGUUUUAUCCUGACAGACAUUAAAAACUAAAUUACAAAACUCUUGGAGAUCAUUUGUAAAAUGUUAUGAAAUGUCAUUGUGUUUAAUAUUUUUCAGUGUUUUUAUGAAAUGUAGUUUUCUAAAAAAACAACCUCUGGACCGCUGCAACAGCUCAGCCCCAAAGUCCUGAAAAAUAUCUCGAAGAAAAAAAAAUAUAUAGGGAAAUAAAAAUCAUGUCUUUUGGUUUUUCUAUGCUCUAAGUGUUGAUUAUUGGGCCGUGGUGUUCCUCAGGGUUCCAUCAUUGGCCCCUUGUUGUUCUGUAAAGACAUGCUGUUUUUUUACAGGUUGUAUACAGGUUGUUGUUGUUGUUGUUUAUGAAUCAGAAACUGUGAGAGUCUCUCAAACUUUAAGCCAGUCUCAAUAAAUCUCUGAACA